GGCUCGGCGGGGACCCGGCCGCGCGCAGCCCUCAGCCCGGUCCGGUUCGUAGGCGUCCGCGGGCCUGGCGCGCGGCCCGUCCGGCCGGUACGGGACCUGCGGCUGCGGGCGGAAGCCCAGCCUCACGCGCAGACUGACAUCCCUGGCGGUGCUGGGCUGGCCUUGCGGCGCGGGCCUUUCUGUUGCCCCGCGGAGCUUGAGUGAGGACAGGGAUGUAGCUCUAAGGCUUUUUUCUGCUUUUUAAAUGGUUUCCAGCAGUACUGCACAGUGAUGAUACCGACUUUUCCCACCUUUUAUUAAUAUUGACGCGGUUUGGGUGUUUAGCUUUUGCAAGGAAUGGGAAAUUCGGGAUGGGGAUUUGGGGUGUGAGAAAAUGUGAUUUAUAAUGUUUAAAACUGUUCCAUGCACAAAUGUAAGUGAUUCACCCACAUUAUUGAACCCCACGAAGUCCUACCCUUCUUGUCCGUAUUCCUAUCCCGACCUCGUCUGUACCAUUAUUACCCAGCUUGGGUUGGAGGAGAUGCAGUUCUGCUCUUACUUAACGUAAGCACUUUCGUACAGUCCCGGAUAUUUACCGUUUUUAUUGUAUUGAAUGUAUAUUCAGAGUUUUACUUAAUUACCCCAUUAUGUAACUUUUCCAUAUGUUCAGUGUUCCUCCUCUUAGAAAAACCAUGCAGUGACCGUCAUUGAGCUUUUCCUUUCUUUCCGUAAGAUAAAUUCUCCAAAGGGGAAAUACUGAAUCAGAGUUAUGUGUACUUUCUUUGACACGUGAUAUAAAUUGUUUUCCAAACAAGGCGUGUUUACUACGCACAUUUUUCUAAAUCUGGGUGUUUGUCGGGCUUGCCCCCUGAAAUGCGGGGUGUCAGGUCACUCUCUGUGGUGUUGGGAGACUGUCUGCUGCUUCCAGGUGGGCAACCUUGAGGAGGUGUCUUCAUCUUCAAGCGUCACUUAUCCCGUGUCUCAAAGGGGACUUGUAGUACCUGCUUUAUUGAGUUGUCAUAAGAAUUCACAGCGCUCAGAAAAUGGUAUUUAGCCGAAAGAAAACAUUCUGAUGAAGAGAUAGCCAGGUGCCUGGGAUCAUAGAGGCCUGGAGGAUUAAUUACAUCUAGGCUUCACCCUUCUAAUUCUCUUCAAUACUGACUCCCAAAAAGCAAAUUUUCUUUGAGUGAGGUACAUCACUAAUAAAAAUAAUAAUUCUUUAUACUUUCUGACACCUUUUAGUUUGCAGACUUCUUUCAACUCCAUGUGUUAAUCAUUGCAACUCAGUGAGGUCAGGCUUUAUUCCACAAACAUUUGUUAUUUGACGAACAUUUGUUAAGCCUCUCCCUCUGCCAGGUACUAUUCUAGGCCCUGGGUGUACAGCAGAGAAGAUAAUAGUGGAAAAAAUCUCUGCUGUCCUGGACCUUAAAUUCUGGUGAGGGAAGCUGUUUUUUUUGUUUGUUUGUUUGUUUGUUUGUUUUUAGGGAAGCUGUUUUUAACCAAGCAUCUAUCUCUGCUGUCGGGAAGGGGAAGGCCAAGGACUUGUAGCUGGUAACCAGGAGAGGCAAAUCAGGUCUUCACACUGUGACUCCAGCCAUCUUUAGAUGGCAGGUAUUUGCACAGCAGACGCACUAGAUGGAAAGCAACCCACUUUGAUGCCAGCCUUACUCAUCUGAGAUGUGCGAGGAAUUUUGUUGUCAGAGACUAAAAGGAGGUUGUCGUAGUUGACUUUAAGCAACAAACAGUAAAACACUGAGCUCUUCAGCUCCACCUUUCUUGCUCUGAGAAUUGGAAAACCAGGAAGGUUUUGAUGUUUUGUGUGGCGCCACCUGAAUCAGAAGCCAAGAUGAACAUAACCAAAGGGGGUCUGGUGUUGUUUUCGGCAAAUUCUAAUUCAUCAUGUAUGGAGCUUUCAAAGAAAAUCGCUGAGCGGCUGGGGGUGGAGAUGGGCAAAGUGCAAGUUUACCAGGAGCCUGACAGAGAAACAAGAGUACAAAUUCAAGAGUCUGUGAGGGGGAAAGAUGUUUUCAUCAUCCAAACUGUUUCAAAGGAUGUGAACACCACCAUCAUGGAGCUCCUUAUCAUGGUGUACGCGUGUAAGACCUCCUGUGCCAAAAGCAUCAUCGGCGUGAUCCCCUACUUUCCUUACAGCAAACAGUGCAAGAUGAGAAAGAGAGGCUCCAUUGUUUCUAAACUGCUAGCUUCCAUGAUGUGCAAAGCUGGUCUGACUCAUCUUAUUACUAUGGAUUUACACCAGAAGGAAAUUCAGGGCUUCUUCAAUAUUCCUGUUGAUAAUUUAAGAGCAUCUCCCUUCUUAUUACAGUAUAUUCAAGAAGAGAUCCCGGAUUACAGAAAUGCAGUGAUCGUGGCCAAGUCUCCAGCCUCGGCUAAGAGGGCACAGUCUUUUGCUGAGCGCCUGCGACUGGGCAUCGCGGUGAUUCACGGAGAAGCGCAGGAUGCCGAGUCCGACCUGGUGGACGGGCGGCAUUCCCCGCCCAUGGUCAGGAGCGCCGCCGCCAUCCACCCCAGCCUGGAGAUCCCCAUGCUCAUCCCCAAGGAGAAGCCCCCGAUCACAGUGGUCGGUGACGUGGGAGGAAGGACCGCCGUCAUUGUGGACGACAUUAUUGAUGAUGUGGACAGCUUCCUCGCUGCAGCAGAGACCCUGAAGGAAAGGGGUGCGUAUAAGAUCUUCGUGAUGGCGACUCACGGCUUGUUAUCCUCCGACGCCCCUCGACUGAUCGAGGAAUCUGCCAUCGAUGAGGUGGUGGUUACCAAUACAAUUCCACAUGAAAUCCAGAAGCUCCAGUGCCCCAAAAUUAAAACUGUGGAUAUAAGCAUGAUCCUUUCAGAAGCCAUCCGUCGGAUUCACAAUGGGGAGUCCAUGUCCUACCUUUUCAGAAACAUAGGUUUAGAUGACUGAACAGCUUUCCUUUCUUAAAACUCUCGAGGGCCAAACUGGAAUAGUAAGAAUAAGCACUGUGAGGCGUGUGCCUGACUGAUGAUUUCACAGGGACCGUCUGUGUCUUGUUCCUUCCUUUUGUUAAUUCCUAUGAAGAUAGACCAACUUUUUAAUUCCAUUUGGGUGUUUGUGAGUUUAUGGGGGCAAUUUUUAUAAAAGAAAAACUAUAUCCUCCUCUUAAAUAAAAUAAGUUAAGACCUGGUUGUGUUCAGUUUACCUGUUGAAAAAAUAACUUGGAAAAAAGAUUUUAAGCUCACAAACAACCUUUUCCCAAAGUUGCUGGAGCCCAGGUGCUUUAAAAAGUUAAUAAAAUAAGAUGAUACACUGUACGAUAAUGCAGGCGAAAAAAAGUUAAUAAAAUAAGAUGAUACACUGUACGAUAAUGCAGGUGAAAAAAGUUAAUAAAAUAAGAUGAUACACUGUACGAUAAUGCAGGCGAAAGGCCAAAAAGACUAUGCUGUUAAGUCCAGUAAACUACAUUUUUAGAAAUGCUGUUAUAGACACGCAUAUGGAAUAUGUGACCGUUAUUUAUUUCCUGCAACAAAAGAAGGAAUAAAAACUGUAUCUGUGUG